GAAUUCGUAUGCGCAGGCGCUACUGUUCUCAUCAUUGAAUUUCUUACGUGAGCAUAUAGGUUAGAAUACUACGUAAGAUUUGUACGAAGGCCACAAAAAAAGAAAUUAUCGAUUGCAACGUCCAUCUCAAAUUCCAGAAAAGAAUGUCAAUCGUUAAUGAGUUUCCGAUAACGAGAACGAUAAACAUCUUUAAAUGUUUCUGGUUAUCGACGCAUUUAACAUCGAAAUUCCAUUGUCGCGUCAUUUUCGUGUAAACGAGGCCUCGUAAAACGAAUUUAAUAUGAUAACCUCAUUUUUUGGAGACUUAACAUGACGUGGAACCCGCUAAAAAAGAAUCAUUUGACGUUGAGACCCAGUCCAGCACAACCUCUACUUUCACAUGCUGAAGAUAGAGAACUGGAUGUUGCGGUACAAAGACUGAUCUACGUUGAAGAUACAAUCAGAAAGUUAACAAAAGAAAUGAAAAAGUAUCUUCAAGCUGUAGUUAAUUUGGAUAGAGCUGAUCAACGUUUAAGUAUGAAUUUAACUACCUGUGGUCUGGCUCAUAUCAGUGAUGAGUUCAGAAGAAUCGUAGAAGAAUAUCAUUCUAUUACUACACAAGUUGGUAAAACUGUACAAGAAAUGGCAGCUUUAUGUCAUAAAACUUUCAUAGAUCCUUUGAAAAAAUUACGAGACGAAUUUGCAUUGAUUGCUGCAGCAAUAGCAAAGAGAGAGGAAUUAGUAACUGCUUGGAAAUAUUCAUACAAUCGCGUGAAAAAAUUACAAGAAAAAAAAGAUAGAACCGCCAGUCAUAUCGCCAAAUUAGAGAGAGAACAUAGAGUAGAAGAAGCUGCUGCUAAGGAAUUAAAAACAUUACAUGCUCAACUACUUAUAGAUUUACCCAUGUUUCUUGAUAAAAGAUUGGAAUAUAUAAAACCGAGUGUACACGCUUUAAUCAUGAUACAAUUAGAUUAUUACGGUAACACAACAGGACUCUUUACGCAAUUGAUGCCUGUACACAAUCCUUCUGAAUCUCCCAGUACUGCAAUACCAGAAGAGGAAUAUCAACAGUCGAUUAAUAGUCAAAUUAAUAGAAUAAGAGGAUUAACGAUCGUCAAAGAUCAUUAAUGUUGAGGAUUCUUUUUUUUCUUUUUUAAAAAAAGAAUUAAGUUUUUAAUGAUUCACCGUGUAAAGAUAUAAAUGUUAGCAGUAUAAAAGACUAGGAUAUAAUAAUCAUGCAAAAUGUAUUUUUAACAAUUCCAUUAUCUUUAUCCAUAAAAUUAUUCUUAAGGCUUUGGGAAUGCCAUAUAGGCAUUUUGUAAACUAUAUUACAACCGAAUAAAUCUCUUGCUAAGUUUAACAUACAUAAGUUGCACGGAAUUAUAUCUUAAAAAGUAAAUCAUUUUAAAUUGUACGAAAGUUGCGCUAAACGUUUGGCAGUAUUUACAUUGUGGAAAUAUGUAUUUUCGGCAAGAAAUAUUCUGGAAAAUAUUUCAAGAUGGUAUCAUUCCAUGUCUUUGUUUCCAAUUAGCACCUGCGCGACGAUUAUGAUUAGCCCGUGUAGCUUUAUGCGUAUUUUUCUUAUCUCUGUUAACAGUAACAUCUUUAUCUUGCCCUUGGCCUUUGGGUUUUCCUAGAAUAUAAAUAUAUACAUAUAUAUAUAUAUAUAUAUACACGUGUUCAUAAUAUAUUAUUGUAAUUUGUUUUUAAAUACUCUUACAAAGAGUGACUACUCUUUGAUAAACGAAUACUUUGGUUUGUGUAUAAUAAAAAGGACAAAAUAUAAA